AACUCUGGCUCGAACCUCUUCGUCACAGGCAUCCACCCCACUCUCACCGAGGACGAAGUCACGCGUCUCUUUGAGAAGUACGGCGACGUGGAGCAGUGCAACAUCAUGCGCGACCCGCACACCAAGGAGUCUCGCGGCUUUGGCUUUGUCAAGAUGGUCACGUCGGAGCAGGCUGACGCGGCCAAGGAGGGUCUACAGGGCGAAGUUCACCAAGGCCGCACACUGAGCAUCGAGAAGGCUCGCCGUGCGCGUCCGCGUACGCCGACGCCGGGCAAGUACUACGGCCCCCCGAAGCGCGGUAAGUGUGGAUGGUGUUUGUUUGGGUUGCGUGUGUGA